AUGGGUGACGCGCUGCCUUACUCAUUGGGCUCAUUUGGCAAUCGCGCUCCACCCAGACCUCGACCACCGGUGAUCAACACGAUCAGCACGAUCGGUGUCAGAGACUCGAAAUCGGGCAAGCCGGGUCAAGACGAGCUAUUGUGUCUCGCUGGUUAUGUAGAUAUCCUUCCUCUUCUUCUUCGUCUAAUUGCAUGCAGCAUGCUAUGUGAGGAUAUGCUGCCCUGGGCAGGGAGGAAAUCUAGAACAUCACAGGUAAAUGGCAAGCCUGCUAAAGUAUGGAUGGUGCUGGGCAGAGAGGAAAUCGAGGAUAUCACAGGUGAGUUAGUUCAGUGAUGGUCAUUUCUUUCUCUGACUGUGCAGACGACUAUUAGAUGCAAUCAAUGACAUUUGGC